AUGCAGCAGAUAAGGCCGAACGCCGCCGGCCUGGCCUGCGCCGCGGCGCUCCUGCUGCUUGCACAGUGCGCGGCGGCUCAGACGGCGCCGACGCAAGACACGCGGGUUGUGCCGCAAUGUGUGUGGUAUCCCAGCUUUGCGCUGUGCGCGUCAGCAUACGGCGCGGUGUCGUCCUUCUUAACGCGGGCCCCCGCCAGCGGCAUGGUCCGCGUCGCGUUCCGCAUGACCGCUGCCCUGGAGGCGUGCGCGCCGCGCGCCACGCGGGCCGACUGCGAGGCGGCGCCCGCGGGGGACGGGUGCGCCUGGAACGCAACCGCGCAGCCCCCAGGCUGUGCACUGGGACAGCGAGCCACCAGCGAGCUCGCGCUGAGGGCGGCGUUCGACUUGAUUGAUUUGCAAAGCGGCGGCGGGCCCAGCCCAGCGGACGAGGCCGCGAUCCAGCGGAUGCUCGAAUGCAGCAGGGUUGUCGGCAAGGACAGCUGCGCCGAGCGGCCCGGCGGCCUGUGCACGGCCCGCGGCGGGCCGCUGCCGCCGUGGGCGAGCGGGUCGGCGCAGGCGCGGCGCGCUUACCAGAAGGCUGACUGCGUGCCGACUGAGGCGGGGUCGGUCGUGGGGAUGUUGGGGCCGGAGGAGGCGUCUCAGGCGGGCGGCGGGGGCAGCGCGCUGUUCCGCUUGGCGGCGCUGUGCGGCUCGCGGCGCGACCGCGAGGCUUGUGAGAGCGCCGGCAGCAUGACAGUCAGCCUCGAGCGCGCGCGGCUCAUCAGGGAGGGCAAGUUCGACGCUGCCCUCGCAAUCGCCGCUGAGACGGCCGGCGCGCCGUCAAAAAGCAGCGUGCCGGCCCGCUUGGCGCCGCUGGCCGAGAAGGCUGACUCCGCCGACGCUUCUGCACUCACGCCCGCGGGCUCGCGCGCGCCUGUGGCCUCGGCAAUGCCGGCCGCCAAGGGGGGUGCGGUUGCACGCGGGGCUGCCCUGCUUCCGCGAUGUCUGGGGCUUGUCGCACUGCUGGUGGCGGCGUUUCCCUGA